GGGACCAGCUUGCCCUGGUCAGCCUAGUGGUCCGACUUCCCAGUCAACAUGAAGGCUCUCCUUAUUCUGGGCCUUCUCUUCCUUUCUGGCACUGCCCAGGGCAAGGUCUUUGAAAGGUGCGAGUUGGCCAGAACUCUGAAACGGUAUGGAAUGGAUGGCUUCAGGGGGAUCAGCCUGGCAAACUGGGUGUGUUUGACCAAAUGGGAGAGUGAUUACAACACCCAAGCUACAAACUACAAUCCUGGAGACAAAAGCACUGAUUACGGGAUUUUUCAGAUCAAUAGCCACUACUGGUGUAAUGAUGGCAAAACCCCAAGAGCAGUUAACGCCUGUGGCAUAUCCUGCUACGAAGUACAGCAAAAAUGCUCAUUAGAAGCAAGGAUGGUGAGACUUAGUCUCACAUACUUUGGACAUGCUAUCAAGAGGGACCAGUCCCUGGAGAAGUACAUCAUGCUUGCUUUGCUGCAAGAUGAUAUCACUCAAGCUGUAGCUUGUGCGAAAAGGGUUGUCAGUGAUCCACAAGGCAUUAGAGCAUGGGUGGCAUGGAGAAACCAUUGUCAGAACCACGAUGUCACUCAGUACAUUCAAGGCUGUGGAGUCUAACUGCAGAGCUUUUGUUCUUCAACUCGCUUUUGCCUCUUUUUCAUAUAAGGGAGUAGUAAAUAAGUGAAAGGUCACACUACUUUUCUUUCCCAUUCAAACAAGGAACUUUUUUUUACAGAAGCAGGAGCAAAAUAUUGCCUUUCUCCUAAGACUUAGUAAUUAAUAACGUGUGUACUCUGAUAUUUUAGGAGCAAAAGAUCGCCUUUCUCUUAAGACUUAGUAAUUAAUAACAUGUGUACUCUUUGAUAUUACACCUACAACAUUUUUCAGUUUGCUUAAAAGAACUAAUGCUGGUAGAAAUGAGCUAAACAUAAGGAAAGAUUAGAUAAGCUGUUGCUAUUCUUUAAUUUUAUUUCUAUAGAUUCAUGCAUCAAAACUAAAUCCAGAAGGCAGAUGAGUUUGCAAGUAUUUUGAAAUGCUAAUGAACAACAGCUAAGAAAUUAUGCGCAUUGUAAAAAAAUGCAACCACGGUUAUUAAAGGCUUCGCAACUCA